GACCCCCUCAGUUCCCUGCUCUAAAACGUCCCUGGAAGUUUCACAUUCCAGAAUUUGGCCCAGUAGAUUGUUCUGUGUCUCAUUAAACCAGUCUCAGUCUUGAGAAAGGUUCAGUUUAGGUAAACAGUUGUAUCUCAUUUCAGGAGGUGGUGAUUCAGGUGGGCUCCCAAAGUUAAGGCUAUGGUGCAAGCAAUCAUGUAUUUAAUGAGAAGCAUCCCUAUGGAAACAAGAAAAAAGUUAAUCAUUGGAGCUGACUAUAAUCUCAGUUUAUGAAUUCUGAAAGCAGUCAAGAAGAUUUCUAGGUGUCUGUCUCUGAUCACCUUUAGGUGGAUUGCAUGCAGGCGGUUACGGUCUCUUAGAGUCUCCAGGUUUGCAGUUUGAGUGUCUGGUGCUCUUUCUGCAGCAGGCACAAAGACUCUCCAUAGAUGAGCUGUGGUUGUGAUUUUUCUGAAGUCUACAUCAGGUCGUCCCAUUUUAGCUUUCGUGGCCUUGGAAAGGGGGCAGUUGUAGUUCUUAGUGACUCCAUGUCAAAGGAUAGGAAAAUGAAAAUGUUAAUUUGGAGGGUUGCAGCCAAAUAUUCAAGAAAACUAGAAAAAUUCAGGAUCCACUGCAGUUUAUAGGUAAAAAUAAAAAAAUUUUAAAACACCCAAAAGACAAUGAACUGUACCAUAAUGUAAUAUCCACAAAGGUGUAUGGUUUCUAUUGAAACAAUUUUUCUCUCUAAAAUCACCCCCACCUUUACCAAAGAUAAUCAAAUUAAGACAUAAUAUAUUUGUAAAAUGAGUCUGAUUUCAGUAAACUUAGCCUGAUUAUUUAAGUCCACCAAGAAAAGUAAUCAGCCACAUAGGUUCUUUUAACUCUGCUUUGCUAUAAUUUUCCAUAAGGACUUUUCUGACUGAACUUGAAAAAACUUCUCAAGGCUAAGAAACCAAGCGUCAUACUUACCUUCAGACUUUGCCCGCAAUACCUAUAGAAUUGGGGUGAAUUCCUCUCUCUUUGAGGUGCUACAAAGUACACAGAUAAAGACAAUGGAGGAAUGCUUGUAUGGUCUCCAUAUCACAGUAUCCCAGACACCAAAUUGGAUGAAUAUAUUGCAAUUGCAAAGGAGAAACAUGGCUACAAUGUGGAACAGGCACUUGGCAUGUUGUUCUGGCAUAAACAUAACAUUGAGAAGUCCCUUGCCGAUCUCCCUAAUUUUACUCCCUUUCCGGAUGAGUGGACAGUGGAAGAUAAAGUCCUAUUUGAACAAGCCUUUAGUUUUCAUGGGAAGAGCUUUCACAGGAUUCAACAAAUGCUUCCAGAUAAGACAAUUGCUAGCCUUGUAAAAUAUUACUAUUCCUGGAAAAAAACUCGAUCUAGGACAAGUUUGAUGGAUCGCCAGGCUCGUAAACUAGCCAAUAGACAUAAUCAGGGUGACAGUGACGAUGAUGUAGAAGAAACACACCCAAUGGAUGGAAAUGAUAGUGAUUAUGACCCCAAAAAAGAAGCCAAGAAAGAGGGUAAUACUGAACAACCUGUCCAGACCAGCAAGAUUGGACUUGGAAGGAGAGAGUAUCAGAGUUUACAACACCGCCAUCAUUCUCAGCGUUCCAAGUGCCGCCCCCCUAAGGGCAUGUAUUUAACCCAGGAAGAUGUGGUAGCUGUUUCCUGUAGUCCCAAUGCAGCCAACACCAUCCUGAGGCAACUGGACAUGGAGUUGAUCUCUUUAAAACGCCAGGUUCAGAAUGCUAAGCAAGUAAACAGUGCACUUAAACAGAAAAUGGAAGGUGGAAUUGAAGAAUUCAAACCUCCUGAGUCAAAUCAGAAAAUUAAUGCCCGUUGGACCACAGAGGAGCAGCUUCUAGCAGUGCAAGGUGUCCGCAAAUAUGGUAAAGAUUUUCAAGCUAUUGCAGAUGUAAUUGGCAACAAGACUGUUGGCCAAGUGAAGAACUUCUUUGUAAACUACAGGCGUCGGUUUAACUUAGAGGAGGUAUUGCAGGAGUGGGAAGCAGAACAAGGAACCCAGGCUUCUAAUGGUGAUGCUUCUACUUUAGGGGAGGAGACAAAAAGUGCUUCUAAUGUGCCAUCAGGGAAGAGCACUGAUGAAGAAGAGGAGGCACAGACCCCACAGGCUCCUCGGACUCUGGGUCCAUCACCUCCUGCCCCAUCAUCCACUCCAACACCAACAGCCCCCAUUGCCACUCUGAACCAGCCUCCACCACUUCUUCGUCCAACACUGCCUGCUGCCCCUGCUCUUCACCGGCAGCCUCCUCCACUCCAGCAGCAGGCUCGGUUCAUCCAGCCCCGGCCAACUUUAAAUCAGCCUCCACCACCUCUCAUUCGCCCUGCUAAUUCUAUGCCACCCCGUCUAAACCCAAGACCUGUGUUGUCCACGGUUGGUGGUCAGCAGCCUCCAUCACUUAUCGGAAUUCAGACAGAUUCACAGUCCUCACUACACUAAAAUUAAAUUGGACAGAGCUGCAGUAACUUUCCACCCCCACCAUUAUACCAGUGCUCAUCUGACCAAUGCGAAAGAGGAAAGACUAAUCCUUCCUAGAUACCGAGGCUGCGAACUAGUUCUGUGGCAGUGGGCUAGCAUAGUGGAUGGAGUCUAAGAAUUUUUAGUUCACGCAACUGAGGUGUUACAUAAGAAAGAGCCUACAGUUAGCCUCCUUCCUAGAAUGUAUGUUCAGCAACAUGAUCUCAUAAAAGGAAGCAAAAAAGAUAAAAUGUUCUAUAUACCAAGGGUUCUUUUGUUUUUACUGUAUUUAUUGAGAUUUCUUUAUAUUCUUGCCUCUUCAUAGUCAAGGCUCUUAGUAGAGGAAUAUUGACUUAGGAAUUGUGGAAACUCCUUAAGUUUCUUAAGUUAAGGAUGUUUGACAUUUUUUCUUUUUUCUUUAAUUUAAUUUUAACAUUUUCCUAUGUUAGGAGUGCAAGAAUAAAUAGCCUGCAUUUUAGAUUUUGGCAUAUGUUCAUUUAAUGCAUAUUUAAGAAAUUAUAGCUGCAUAUCCCUUUUUUCAAAAAGAAAUCUUGCUUUUUUUUCUAAAGGAAUGUUAAUAUAUUCCUUUCAAAGAAAGCAAUUUAAUCAAUUGCAAAGCAAUUAUAUGAUACCACAAAGAAUGUACUGAACCUACUAACCAUUGAAAAUAGAGCUUAGGGUCCUAGUGCAAAGUCCUUGCUUAAAGGUCAUUGACCCAUCAUCUGUCAGUAGUAAGAGGAUCAGAGUAAUAAUUUUCCAUAUGAAUGAGGACUUAAUUUGUUAAAGUACAGUACAGUGUCUUUAAGUUCCUUGAAAAUGAAGUUAAUUUUGAUUUUUUUUAAUGUUUUCUAAAUGCUGUCUGCUUUUAACUAGUAGUUACCUACAUCUGGGGACUUUAGAAAAGAAUUAUAUUUCAUCAGUUAUGUGGAGAUAGUGGUAAUGGAAGCAUUUAUUACAAUACCCUUUUUAUGUUUAGACUCUGAACUUAAAAUUGCCCUUAUUAUGGUCUGCAUUAAAUAUAAAUGAUGAUUUCUUGAAUCUAUUGUACUAUUUGGGUACAUUUGUGUAUUUCUUGCAGCCAACCUAUAUGGCUGAGUUUGGUUUAAGGUAAAAUCAUCAACAUUAUUUUAUAAAAUAAAUUUAAGAAUUUGUUCUGUGUUAUCGAAAGAUGUAUCAGUAUAUUGUCACAACUGUGCUGUUAACUUCAAAUGCUGAGAUCCCUUUUUAUAAAGAAACAAAAAAAAUUUCAAGUCUUAAUUCAACACAUAAUCAUUAAGCACCUACAAAGAAUAUUUUACAAGUGAUUGUAUUUCAGCCACUUGUGUGUUAACUAAUAUUUUUGAUACAAUGGUUUCAUAGUGGAAUCAUGACUUGUGCAAAGGGACAGAUGGCUCAGAUUGCUAUGCUAGUGGAACCUAAGGCUAAAUGUUUGCACAUUCACGUUCUUAUCACACGUAGCACCACUUCACAAAACAUCUAAUGGCCUAAUUUAUAUUUUCAGAGGUCAUAUAUUCCCAAAUUAUUGGGAAAAUAGUCCCUACCAUUAGCUCUAAAGCCUUAAAGAGCUAUAAACUUAAAUCCAUUGAUUAGUUUUAAUUUUGACACUUCUUUCCAUGAAGAACAUUAAAUUCUGGCACAAUCUAAAAUCUUUUCCUGGAUGUGUCUCUCAUUCUCAUAGCAUCAUCUUAAAUAGUUCCUGCCCCUGUAUUAUAAACAGAUAAAAUCUAACUUAAAAUACUUAAUAUUCAAGAAUUUAUACUUAUUUUUACUUUUGAGAGUCAUGGGGGACAAAAUAUCUAAAGAAAAUAUCUAAAGCCUUUUUUUUUAAGUGCUUCGGUUGUCUCGCAUAUGUGCACACUAUACAGCUUUUAUCGUCUUGUCUCUUGUCGGUAGGCCUUCAGUAUACGGUGUGUGGCAUAUGUCAGUCCAGUUGGUCAGCACCGGCGUCUGUCCAGCUGUUACGUAUAUUGUGAUUCAUUUCAAACCUGUUCUAUGCCAGCCGCGGGACGAGGUGCUGUAUCUGAGGGAUGUGCUGUAAUUUGAUUUACGUGCACUAGAGCACACAGUAGGAAAAUCCUAGCUUCAGUAGUAAUAUGACACAUGUAUAUAGUGAGAUGUCUUUAUUGUGUGCUUUGCAUAUUUUGUAAAUAUUUUGCACGUCAUUAAUUUUCUUUUUUCUUUAAGCAGUGUUUGGCCUGGAAGAGUGAUAUGCUUGCUGCUUAAUCAAAGGAUUAAAGAGUUAAAGAUG